CGGCGGCACCACAACCGCGGGGGGGCGGCGGCGGCGGUGUCCGGGGCGGCGCUUCCCCGUCUCCUUCCCCCUCCUUGGCGGCGGCCGCCCCUCCCUCCCCCUCGUCCCCCGCGGGGCCCAUGGAAGGCCUGCCCGUGGAGGUGCGGGGCUCCAACGGGGCCUUCUACAAGGUGAGGAGGCCGGGGUGCGGGGACAGGCGUUGCCCUGGAGACCGGGGGUGGGUGGGCGGGGCCCCAGGGGUUGCCAUGGAGAUCCCGGGGAGGGCGAGAGGGGCUUCGAGGCGGGCGGGUGGGGGGGCGCGGUGGCCACGCUGGGCGCCCGGGCCUUCCCCCGGGGUGAGGGGUGGGGAGCCCAGAGGCAGGGGGGUGUCUGUCUCAACUCCACCCCCCCCCCCAAAAUCCUGUACGUUUUGUAGCCCCCUGGGUUGAAAUAUUGGGGGGGGGGAGACUCCUGUUGGGUGGCUUUUCUAGGGGCUAUGCAAAAGCCAGCGUGGGGGAGGAGGGCAUCUUUGGGGGGGGGCUUAAGAGGAAGGUGGGGUUGGGGGCUCUGGAAAGUGAAGCCCCUACAAAGGGGGAAGCAAGGGCUGCUCAGGGUUCUGCAAAUGAGACUCCCCCUGGGCGUGGGGUUGAAGGGGUCAGAGGGCCCGUUGUGGGGCGGGGUUGAAAUAUGGGGGGGGGGAGACUCCUCUUCUGUCUGGUGGCUUUUGCAAAAGCAAGCAUGGGGGAGGAGGGCAUUUGGGGAGUGGCUUAAGAGGAAUGUGGGGUUGGGGGUUCUGGAAAGUGAAGAAAGGGGGAAGCAAGGGCCGCUUGGGGUUCUGCAAAGGAGACUCCCCCCUGGGCAUGGGGUUGAAGGGGUCAGAGGGCCCGUUAUGGGGCGGGGUGGGGGCUCUGGGCCUUCAAACUUAAGAGGCAGGGCCAUGGUUUGGGCGUGUGUUGCAGAUCAUGGGGCUGGGUUGAUUGGGAGUGUAGCCUGAGGUUGGUUGCGAGUGGUCGCCAGGUCAGCGUCUAUGGGCUAGAAGGGUUGAGUCCAGUGCAGCGCUCAUGUCAUGGCUUUGCAAUGCUGGGGAUCAGUUUAACAGAGGCCUCUGCUCCCUUCCAAAGGCCUGAUCUCACGGGCAGGCUGGGAAGGAGGGGUCUCUUGUGUCACUUGAGCCUCAUGUUGCACUUACCUGCUAUUUUUAUUUUAGUUUCCUCCAUCAGGCACAUCUUUGGAGUCCCUUCCCUACAUUCUAAAGCCUGCCUUUCCUGGUAAGGUACUCCCUCCAAAACAGAGUACCUUGAAAUGCCAUGAGCGUAUUAGUCAGCAGCCAUCCAGCAGACAGAAAUAUAUUUAUAUCACAGUGCAGUCGAGUUUAGUGCUCCUUUAUUGUGUAAGGAAAUAAGGAUGGGAGAUCUUGUAACUGUAUCUGUUUGCUGCUUGAUUGGCACUGACACAUGUUCCUUCUGACUUGCGGCUCUUCUCUCCCAAAGUGCUGCUUCCUCCCAGGUGCUGCAAGUAAAUGUAUUUAUAAGGAAGGUGCUCCAGUUCCACGCCACCUUGAAGUAACUUCCUGCCUUGUAGGGAAUGACUCUGUAUGUAUCUUUAUGAAGCAGGUGCUGUUAAAAUAGGGAGGGAAUAAACUCACCUUGGAAAGUACCACUGUCCAGUGGUGGGAGUAUUAAGUUCCACAUUCCAUGCCUGACAUCUCCAGCUAAAAGGGCCUCAGGUAGAACAGCGAAGGAAAGACCUUCUGCCUGGUCCUUGCUGCGUCUCAGAAUGGACCAUACAGGGCCAGUGGUUUGGCACAACAGGAGACAACUUCAUUUGUGAUGGGUGUCUCCCAUCAGUAGAAUUAGUGUCACCCUGUCUUGCUAUAAUAAAAUGCUGAGUUAUAUGCAUUUCCCUGAUUAGUUCCGAUGGGAAAUUAAUCGUCCAUCCGGCUUGCACAAGGCUGGGCCCAGCUGAGGUCUCAGCCUGCCUUCCAGAUUCAAGGCCUGCUCUUUGCAGUUUACUGCUUUUGAGCAUCCAAUCAUGUUCAGUGGAAUUACCUUUAGUAGACUAAAAGCAGUUCAUCGUAGCAAGACCUGAGUUUCCCAGGUAACUUUCAGUGUCUCUAAAUUAGGACCAACAAGCUGUUCCCAGGCUGCAGUGGGCUCCUCAGUUCCUGAUCCACACCUUUUUUUCAUAUUGGAAAAGGGCUUUUUCUCCCUUUAGCGUGGUAACAGGAAUGCCAGUCUCUCUAGAAGUUGAGGCUUUCAUCGUCACUGAACCUAGUUGUCAAGAAUGCUGCUUUGCCCAACAUGAAGGGACAAACAUAGAUAAGGAGGAAGCCCAAGAUAUCUAGGGUAUGAGAGAUUCUGUAUUCUGCCAAGCUCUACUGGGCCUGUGCGGAGGAGUGAUGUUUUGUUUCAGCGGAAUCUCUGGUCCCUAUUCUGUAGUGAGAAGCGAUGGCUUGUUUAGAAAGGCCUCGGGGAAUUUUGUAACCUAAGCACAAGGUUGCGAGGUGGGGGCUCACUGUAUUGUCUAUUGCUAAUUUUAGACUCCCCACUUCAGAAUGGAGUCACAACCAGUAGAUGGCCAUGAAUCGUGAAGGUUUGCCUGGCGCCUUCAUUACUUCUCUUUAGACACCAGGCAAAAACCUUUCUCUAUAACCAGGCCUUUGGCUGGUUAGCAUUCUAUAGCCUUUUAAAUGUGUUUGUGGAAGGGGGGUUUCUGGUAUGUUUUUGUUCUAUUAUGUAUUUUGUGUUCUCAUUUUGUAUUUUCAUGUUGUGUACCGCCCUGUGAUCUUCAGAUGAAGGGCGGUAUACAAAUUUAAUCAGUAACAGUAAUAAGAAUAAUAAAAGGCAUAGAAAUAUUUGAGGGGCUAAUCCUCGUUUCCCGUAAUGGAGUGGGUUAUUUUUAGCCUGUUUGCGUGCUCUUUGCUGUGGCAUCUCCAUAGAUUCCUUAUCAAGUAAUUUAUUUUUAAACUCAUAACCCUACCUUAUCGCAUAACAUUUUUUACCACCAGGAAACACACAUCAUGUUACAUGUCCUCAAAAGACUCUCAGCCUGGGAAACGGGGGCUGCAGAAGACGUGGGGUUCUUAAACCGUAGCUCCAUUGGUAGUGCACCUGUUUUUGCAUGCAGGAGAUCCUGAGCUCAAUCCCUGAUGUCUCUGUUUAAAAGAAUCAGGCCGCAGGUGACAGAAAAUACAUUUAGGCCAUGGGGCCAGUAUACUGGGCUUUGCAGACCAAAUAGUGUCUCCUGGUAAAAGGCAGUCUGUGUUUCCUAGGGACUCAGGUGAUGUCAGUUUCUGCAAACGUCUACUCUUAAGUAACUGGCUCAAAUGGCUUGGGGAGCAAAUGUACAAUGAGCAUCUGUGCAACCUUAACAUCUCUGGUGUCUCUCAUUGAGGAAUCCAUGCUGUCUAGAUCCUUCCUUCCAGCAGUGCUUGUUUGCAUUCCCCUUCCUUGCAACUGCUUAAGUGGGGGCUGCUGCCGGAAGCCGUAUGUGCCCCAGCGGACUUGCGAGAAAGCUGAAUGAGGAGAAAGUGGGAACGCUCUACUCGAGCCAAGCGUUGUGUUGUUCUGUGGAAAGGUGCUGGGCUUCUGAACAGGAUUUAAAGACUUCAUGUUCCUCCUGACAGUGGCAUAUUCUUUACCACACCCCCUUUUAUAGAAUUGCAUCCAUAGAGGGAGGGUAUGCUAACUAACCUCCAAGCUGAAGUAUACGAUUUGCCCAUACUCUUUGCCCAUACUCUUUUCCGCCUUUCAACUUCAGCAGCUUCCUCUUCCGAGAUUUCUGCAGCUCCUUGGCUACUGUAACUCCAACUUUGUUUUCAAAUGCACGAGCCACAAAUCAAUUCUUUAGUGUGUUCCUGGGCUUCCCAAAGGUUUCCAUAGAAGACCUUAUUUCUUAGAAUUUGAAAGGUGAGCUUUUGCCCGCCAGUCACUCCUGGUGGUCCUUUGUAGAACAUCUCUAACGUUGCUGUUUCCGGCUAGAGUAAAAUAACAAGGUUGUAACUCUACCUGGAGCAUACGAGUAAGGUUAAUGGGCUGGCCUUUUUUUAACAGAGUUUGCAUGUUGACAGAAUAUCAAUCGUAGGCAGUAAUACACAUGGCAGUAUUGCCUUGCCGCUGGUAGUUGACUACAUCCUGUUAACUUUUAACUACCCCUAGUAAUAGUUGAUCUAAGAACAUAAGAGCCCAUCUGAGUCUGUGUCCUGGAGCAGGAUUUGAGUGCAACAGAACUUGUGAUUCUCAGCGACUGGUAGUCAAGAGGCCUGCUGCCUCUGAUACUGGAGGUAAAAUGUAGCCCUCAUGGUUAGUGGCCAUUGAUAGCCUUUUGUCUAAUUCUCUUCUAGAACCUUCCCAGGUUCAUGGCCAUCACUUUGUUGGAGUGAAUUCCAAAGUUUUAAGAGUUUGGAUUUGAUAUCUCGCUUUAUCACUACCCGAAGGAGUCUCAAAGCGGCUCACAUUCUCCUUUCCCUUCCUCCCCCAUAACAAACACUCUGUGAGGGACUGAGAGACUUCAAAGAAGUGUGACUAGCCCAAGGUCACGCAGCAGCUGCAUGUGGAGGAGCAGAGACAUGAACCCGGUUCCCCAGAUUGUGAGACUACCACUCUUAACCACAACACCACACUGACUCCAACUAUGCACUGUUUGAAAAAGUACUUUCCUUUGCUGUUUUGAGAUUUCCAACAAUCCGAUUCAUCGGAUGUCCACGAGUUCUAGUCUUAUGAGAGGGAGGAAACCAUUUUUCUACCUCCUUUCUCACCAUACAUAAUUGUACAAGUUUCUAUCAUCACUCCCCACCCCCAAUUCUCACCUUUUUAUUAACUGAAAAACCCAAAUAUAACAUUUUGUCAUAGAGGAGUUUCUCAAACGCCUUGAUCAUUUUGUGUGUCCUUUUCUGAACCGUGUCCAGCACUACAACAUACAUACUGCACUUUUCUGUACAUGGUAUUCCAAGUACGGUUACCAUUAAUUUGUAUAUCAUUUGUUACAAUAUUGGCAGUUAUAUUUUCAGUCCCUUUCCUAAUGACCCCUAAUGUGGAAUUUGCCUUUUUCGCAGCUGCUGAAUGCAGGAUUGACAUUUCUAUCGAGCUACCCCCAAGGUCUCAUGCCUAAGAACGAAAAGAAGGGCCCUGCUGGAUCAUUUGUAGUUCCUCGCAAUUCCACAAAAAAUGGUGUCUUCAGCAGACUUGGCUGCCUCACGGCUCACCACUAACUCCUGACCAUUCGUGAGCAACUGAAGAAAGCACAGGUCCCAAACUUGGGAGCCCCACUUUCUACAUCCCUCCAUGAGGAGAGCAAUUGGUUUAUUCCUACUCUCAGUUUCCUCUUCUGUAACCAGCUACUGAUCCAAAGGGUCCCUCUGCUCUUAUCCCAUGACUGCUGAGUUUAAUGAGGCGUUUUGGGUGAGGGCUUUUAGCGGUAGCCUUUUUGAAAAUCCGUGUGCUUGUUGACACUCUCAAAGAACAUGCUUACCACCAGCUUUUCACAGUUCUUAAGCUAUCCAGCUUGUAAUUUCCCUAGAUCCCUUUUUUAAAAAUUUGUCUUACAGCAGCCACUUUCCUGUCGUCAGGUGUCAAGGCUGAACUUCGGGAUAAGUUGCAUAUUUUUUUUGUAGCAGGUUGGUAGGUUCACGUUUCAGUUCUUUUAAGAAUUCUUGGGCGGCUGCCAUCUGGACCUGGUGAUUUCUCAGCUUUUAAUUUGUCAUUAAGUCCUACAACCUCAUCUCCUGUGACCCCUCUUCACCUCAGUUCCUCAGAUUUCUUUCCUGCGAAAGUUAGUUUAGGCAUAGGGACCUGGACGGAAUGGACUCUGUAAUCUCCUUUUCCUCCUUUGACUUGCUUGUCGUCCAAAGGACCCACUAUCUCCCUAGCUGGUUUCCUACGUAUUUCUAAUGUUUUUGAAUAACUGUUUAUUGUUGGUCUUAAUGUGUUUAGUGAUGUGCUCCUCAGUUCUUCUUUUUCAAGCAUCCCUUAUUGUCUGCUUGCAUUUCUUUUGCCAGAGUUUGUGUUCACUUAGACAAGGCUUCAGUCUUCGGUGCUGCUUGUUAGCCACGCUGGCUUCUUCUUGGCCCUGGUGGUACCUUUCUUUAUCUACAUUCUGCAUUGUGGCUGAGCUUCUGUUACUGUGGCUCAGAUCAACCUCCACGCCUUCUAGAGAGCUUUGACCCUCUUCACUUCCCUCUUCAACUUUGCUUUUGUUGUUGUUGUUUAGUCGUGUCCGCCUCUUCGUGGCCCCCUGGACCAGAGCACGCCAGGCACUCCUGUCUUCCACUGCCUCCCGCAGUUUGGUCAAACUCAUGCUGGUAGCUUCCAGAACACUGUCCCACCAUCUCGUCCUCCAUCGUCCCCUUCUCCUUGUGCCCUCCAUCUUUCCUAGCAUCAGGGUCUUUUCCAGGGAGUCUUCUCUUCUCAUGAGGUGGCCAAAGUAUUGGGGCCUCAGCUUCACGAUCUGUCCUUCCAGUGAGCACUCAGGGCUGAUUUCCUUUACUUUUAACAAUCCCAUAUUUUUCAAGGUGUUUCCUCUUUCAAAGUCAGAUGUGGCUGUAUUGGAUAUCUUGUGCUAGAUCUGGGAGAGUCCUGGCUGACCAGGUGCCUGGAAUUUUAUGCUGGUACUUGAGAUUUCAAGUAUUUUACCCUAUUUGGGGCCGAAAAUACUUUAUGCAAGCAGCUUUGCAUACAUGUUCCCCGCAGGAGAGAAUGCUUGUGGAAUAUCGCUGCAUGUCAAAUAAGUUGUGCACAGAUGGCCUAGCGGACAGUAGCUAUAUGGCUUGCAGCAGCAGCAACGAGAAUUUUUAGUGUCCGGCUGCUGUACAGCGAUCCACCAAAGAGUAAAAUUAUCCUCUGCAAAUUCAGGGGUUCUCAAGUUGUAGAGUUGCUCAUGAAUGGAAGCGGUUUGUGUGCGUGGAGGGCUUGAAACUUUAAAGGGGGGGUUCCUUGAAACUCUUUGACUUGGUGUCCCAAGCAUUGCAAAGGUUGUACACUGCAAUUUUAAUUUAGCCCUAGCAGCGUAAAGCCAGAGGGCAGGUAGAUCAGGCUUGAGGUGUGGAACGUGGGAGAUAUAAAUGUUCCUGUGUGCUGGCCUCAUGGAAUGAAGGGGGCUGAUCCAUCUGUGCUGAAUGAAUGAUAAAUGAGAUUCUCUCCGCUGGCCUGGAGACGUAUAUAGCCUCAGGCGCAGCAGGGCUUUAAAGGGGAUUCUUGGAGCUCGGCAGGCUGUGGGAGAGGGCAGGCAUGGAGUAGUUCACAAAGACUCCAGAAUCUUUGAUCCUGCCCACAUCGCGGUUGCAGGUCCUUGUUGGAUGGUGCCCCCUCUGCCUCUUCGCUGCUCUCUGAAUGGCCAGGCUAACUGUUGACUGUGUCUAAGGCCUCCGAUCCAAGGCCUCAGGAUGCACCCACUAGACUGAUAGACAGGGAGCAAAGGGGGGAAGUUAUUCUCCCUCCCUCUUGCUGUGUACAUCCACUGAAGCUGAGUGUUGGAAGAUUCAGGACACAUGAAUGAAAGUAUUUCUUCAUGCAACUCAUAGUUGACUUGUGGAACUCACUCCCACAGGAGCUAUGGAUGUCUGUCAAGCCAGGUGGCUUUCAAAGAGGAUUAGACACUUUCCUAGAGGAGAGAGAGAGUUGUUGAUGGCUGCUAGCCAUGAAAGCUAUGCUCUGCCUCCGCAGUUACUGGGAAGAAGGGAGAGGGCAACUGGUGGGUCUCUGGAAGAACAGGGUGCUGGCUGAGAUGGGCCUUUGGACUGAUCCAGCGGGCUUUUAUCACGCCCUCCAUGUGGGCCUGCAGGAGUAUUUUGCUUGGGCGAUCAAAUUGCGGGUAGCAUCCAGACUUGCUAAAGAGGUCACCAGGUCCUGGGACGAGGAGGGGAGAGAUUUUUAGCAUACUGUUGAGGAAAGGAGUCUUGGGAGGCAGCCAUGUAGUCAAGGAUAUAUGCAGGCCACCUCUUCCAACCAGAGGUAACUCCUUUCUGCUGUCUCCAAUAGAUGCUGGUUGAGUGGUGAGAUUCCAAACUUAGAUUUUCUCUGUCCCAGUGAGUUGUGCGUGCUGGAAUAGUGGCACUGCUUACUGGGCAAUGAACUCCGCUUAAAGCCGGCUUCCUCUGGAGCUGGGAAGGAGACGUGUGGCUGUUUGCUCGUAGCGGAGCAGCUGGCGGAGAAGACAUCUGUCCCCAGGAACACCUGUUCCUCCAAUCACUCUGUAGACAUGCAGGACAUUUCGCCCUGCCCUCAUCACGCUCCAAACUCAGAACAUGUUCAGGCCUCCCUCCCUUGAUUGCGGCCCUGCGGCUGUCCUCCCUUCCCCACCCUGGCAGUGCCAAAUGUCCCGUGUUGCAGGCAGCGGGAGAUGAAGAGAGGCAGGGGCGUGGCUGCACCCCGUCUUCUAAAAGCCACACGCCUGGAGGAAUAAGGCUGUGGCAGAGAAUGGCCACCACGCGGAGAGGUUGUUUGUGGAAUACUUUAGCCUGUAUUCAAGGGUGGAGUUGGCCUCCCUAAAUCAGAAAACUAAUCCAAGCAUGGUUUUCCCCUUCAAAAAUGUCAUCCCCCACAUGUUUAUCCAUCUGUGUCCAUUAACCAGGCUAACCAUUUGCCUGUUGGACCCUUCUUUUCCUAGCAACUCCAGAAAACAUUCACUUACAAGUGUUACCAAAUGUCCCAAACAUCAAUCCUGGUGCAAGCCAGGCCGUUCGGGUUUUAAUCUUGAAACUGUCUUGUAAAUAAGUACAGUGGUACCUCUGGUUACAUACGCUUCAGGUUACAAAGUCCGCUAACUCAGAAAUAGUGCUUCAGGUUAAGAACUUUGCUUCAGGAUGAGAACAGAAAUCGUGCUCCUGCGGCAGCAGGAGGCCCCAUUAGCUAAAGUGGUGCUUCAGGUUCAGAACAGUUUCAGGUUAAGAACGGACCUCUGGAAUGAAUUAAGUACCGUAUUUUUUGCUCUUUAAGACUCACUUUUUCCCUCCUAAAAUGUAAGGGGAAAUGUGUGUACGUCUUAUGGAGCGAAUGCAGGCUGCGCAGCUAUCCCAGAAGCCAGAACAGCAAGAGGGAUCGCUGCUUUCACUGCGCAGCGAUCCCUCUUGCUGUUCUGGCUUCUGAGAUUCAGAAUAUUUUUUUUCUUGUUUUCCUCCUCCAAAAACUAGGUGCAUCUUGUGGUCUGGUGCGUCUUAUAGAGCGAAAAAUACGGUGCUUAACCCGAAGUAGCACUGUAAGUGAAUAGAGGGUUGCACCCAGGGACUUGGGCAUUUCCUCCCAAACGGCUGUCCCACUGAGCACCUUUCCCUGAUCCUAAGCAGCCCUGCAUUGCUUUGGGAUUAAAAAAUGGAUGGGCAGGUUGGGGUUGGCUAAGAGUGGAGUUCUUCUGCAGAAACGCAAUCUGACCCAGAGGCCUGGCAGCAUGUGAGCUCCUGAGUGCUGAAAGGAAGCUGCCGUGUGUUCUUUGAAGGAGGAGUCAUGAGCUAGCUGCCUGGUGUUGGCUAGUCUGGCAGGGAAUGUGCUUUAGGAGGAGUAAAUUGAAAUAAUAAUAAUAAUUUAUUAUUUAUACCCCGCCCAUCUGGCUGGGCUUCCCCAGCCACUCUGGGAGGCUUCCAACAAAAUAUUAAAAUACAGUAAUGCAUCAAACAUUAAAAGCUUCCCUAAACAGGGCUGCCUUCAGAUGUCUUCUAAAAGUCUGGUAGUUGUUGUUCUCUUUGACAUCUGGUGGGAGGGCGGGCGCUACUACCGAGAAGGCCCUCUGCCUGGUUCCCUGUAACUUGGCUUCUUGCACUGAGGGAACCAUUAGAAGGCCCUCGGCGCUGGACCUCAGUAGAACUAUGGGGGUGGAGAUGCUCCUUCAGAUAUACUGGACCGAGGCCAUUUACUUUAUUGCCACUUGUAUACAGUGAGAUUACAUGAGCACCCUCCACUCAGCUCUCUUAGUCUUAAUUCCCCUCAUUUACUGACGCACACCCACCAAACCCGAAAGUCAGUUGCCCUGUUUUUAUCUUUUCAUUUAGCAGCCUAACAGUCCACAGAUAGAAGCUGUUCUUUACCCUGUUGGUGCGACUAAUCAUGCUUCUAUAUAUCUUCUGCCCGAGGGCAGGAGAUCAAGAAAGUGCCGGCCAGGGUGUGAAUCAUCCCUGAGAAUUUUCCUCACAGGCAACGCACUUCCUAUCAGUUGAUGUCAAACCAGCGUACCGCACUGUGAUACAGUAUGAAAGGACACUUUCUAUUGUGGACCGGUAGAAGGAGAUCGCCAAAUGUUGAUUGACAUCGUUCUUUCACAAUACUCUGAGGAGAUGAAGUCUGUGUUGGGCUUUCUUAACCACCUGGGUUGUAUUGAUUUUGUAUUGUAUUUAAGAAAUGAGACAGGGUGGGAUGUGUAUGAGAGAGAGGGGGAGAGAAGUUCAUGUCUUCCUGAACUUCCUGAACAGGACAUGUAAAAGGAAGUAUUUCAUGGAGCGCAUAGUUAAAACUAUGGAACUCCCUGCCACUGGAGGCAACGAUGGCCACUAACAUAGAUGCCUUAAAAGAGGUUUAGACAGAUUCAUCUAGGCCCCCUUAUUUGCCCUUAGGGGCCAGUGACUCGGAGGAUCACAACUUUGGGGGAUGUCGCCAAGCUGUGACCUUUGCUUCCGCAGAGCUGUUCUUCUCUUGCCAAGUCUCCCUUUCCAUGCUGCUGCUUUGCGUUGGCUGUUUGUUAUCUUUGGUCCGCUGGUCCCAGUCGGGUGGCGUGGUGGCGACGGCUCCUUCUGCAAGGUUCCUUUUUUUUGCUGGGCCAGCGCUGCCCCUUUCGCAGUGAGCUUUGGGGACUUGCCGGCUGUGGUGCUAACGCGGUGUCUCUUGUCUGUUCCUUCCCUUCCAGGGUUUUGUUAAAGAUGUCCACGAAGACUCGGUCACGAUAUCCUUCGAGAACAAGUGAGUGUCCGCAAGAGGCGUUGCGUGCCUGCGCCCUACUCUGCUCUUUUGUCAGAGAGCUGGCAGGCCAAGAUCGGCCCGUCCUUUUCCAGCCCGCUGGAAGUAGUGGCUGCCCCAGUGUUCUUGAGGUCCAUUGUAUGAUGAGGGUGCAAGCCUGGCAUACCAGCUCUGAGCGACCUCUGGCAAUGAAACCCCACUGACCUGGGCUUGUUUGCCUAGACAUACGACGCUGGCACCUUGUGUAAUAUGAACGCUGUGUGGGGCUGGUGCCUAUAGCUCCAUGCUGGCUCCUAGGAAAUUGAAAUAAUAUUCUUGCAGACAGUCGCUGGCCCCCAACCCAUGUCCUUUGCUCUCACCCAGGAAACUAGCACACCAAGAACUCUGGCCAAUAUAAGUUUCAAAAGUGGGAGUGGUCCCUAUUCGCAAAUCAAUAGUCAGUUGUAACAAAAACUAAUCCAUUCAGAAGUAUGUAUUCUGACAAGGAUUACAAACUCAAACUCAUAAGGAUAUGUAUAUGAAUGGAUUAGUUUUUCUUACAAUUGACUCUUGAUUUGCGAGUAGGGACCGCUCCCACUUUUGAAACUUAUAUUGGCCAGAUUUCUCGGUGUGCUUUUUUCUUGGUAUAUUUAAUAACAAGAACUCCAACUUAUUUAACCUCACCCAGCAAACGCUGGCCAUUCCCAUCCCUGCUUUGCACUCUGGUGGCAGCUGGGCCGAGGGGAAGAAACGGGGGCUUUCCUCCUGGAGCUCUGUUCUUGCUUUGUAGCAACUCCUGCUGGUGGCUAGAUUGCUCUCCCCACCUAGAGUUCACUGCCUGUCUACCAGCUGCUCUAUCAAACUAGGCACCCCCCCCCCCGGGCUACCGAAUACAGCAGCGCAACAAAGCUCUCUCACGCUGGCUUGGGGUCCCUUCAGGAGAUGACGUCAGGAACUCCCCACCUCUCAGAGCACACACAGUUGUUUGGUCACCUCAGGGAAGUGGGGAAAGGUGGUUCCUUCCUCCUCAGUCUGGGCUCCAUCUUCAUCUUCAAUCUUCGUUUCCCUUGAGCCAGACACCCCUAACCCUGUUCUCCCAGACUCUGGAGAUGGGAGGUUGCGGGGAUACCUGCCCAGAGGACUUUGUCACCCACCUGUGUAGGCACCCCACAGCAUUGGUGGUGGCCCCGAUCCCCCAGCAGUUACGGAGCAGGGGGGCUGUACCCCAGCCCCACCCUUGUAAAGAUCUCUGCGUGCUCUCUGGAAGCUUAUUGCACAGCAAAUACCUUGGCGCUCGCAAGCAACAGGAGGGGUUAUUUUGUUUGCUUUUAAAUGCUGCUUAUCGGAGGGGUGGGGAGGCGAAAGUGCCUGAAAUUCCUGACUCAGCAGAAAGCCAGAAGCGUAUGCCGGAGGAGGGAGGUUUGAGCCGCUCGCAGAGGUCCUUCCUCAGCAGCUGAAGCGUCGGGGAGACACGUGUCUCUGCAACAGCUGUAAGGAAGGGAGCCACCCUGGCCUCUAGGCGCGGCAGUCAAGCAACCGUCUGCUUCCCCCCACCCCACCCGGGAAAAAUAAAAAGCUUUGUGGGCGGAGGUUCUGGCCCUGCUCUCUGAGAAGAGCAGGUGCUGGCUUUGCUGGGGCUCUCGCUGACAGGCCGCCCGAGUUUGCGGCUCUGGUUGUCAGCCAGUAAGGGACUAGUGAGCAGAGGGAGGCUGGCAGCCUGCCAGCAGCUGGGUCUGGCUGCCUCCGUCUCCCCACCCAGGGUGGUGUGGGCGUGGCAGCGGUAUGCAAAUGCUGCCUAAUUCCGCUGCAGUUAACGAGGCAGCCUUGCAGCACCACGGCCAGUUCCCAGGAUUGUGCUCUGACAGGGCCGGAACACGAUCUCCCUGCGAGAGGAAGGGCGGGCUAUAAAUACCCACUGAGUGUCUCUCUGCUGGCCCCAGUCUCCAGCCCUCCUUGUGGUGUUUCCUGAGUGGGGGAUAUGUCUUUGCAUUCUCCUCCCCUCAUUUCUUUCAUCUUGCCUCUGUUCCCCUCCCCAAGAACGCUUGCAUGCUCUUAGCAGGCUUCCUUGCCUCUAAUCUAUUUUGACCCCCAUCAGGUAAUGGUACUGUGGCCUUUAUGACUAACCAGCGGCGUCGCCAAAUAGUUGUGGUUCCUAGGAGCCAGCGUUGAAUAUUUAAGAGCCAGCAUUCCAUAGCUCUGGUGGAAGGGGGGGUGUGGAAUUAAAGUCACAAGGUGAUACAUUUGAUUUCCUAGGUGCGUGUGCAGCCAGGGGUCUGGAAUUUUUUCUGGCAGGUGCAAUUGUUGUUGGAAAAGCAUGUUGCUAGUAGCAGGGUGGGGAAGGAAUUCAGGCCGGCUGCCAUUGUCCGAUACAUGCUGCUGAGUCAUUAGAGAAGAGAAUAGCUUGUUAGCAGUGGAGGGGGGUAUUUGGAGUGUGCUUCUAUGAAGCAGCCAUUCUGAAUUGGUGGGAGUGCCUGUGUUGACCCAGGGUCCCUGCUGCUUUCACCUGCGUAAAAUUCGGCUCUUGGCAUUGUUUAGCCCCAAGCACCUCCCAUAGCUUGUGAAGAAACGUUGUGUGUUGAUGGGUAGCUGGUCUCCCCUUACUGUCACCUGGAAUAACACUCUGUCUCUUCGCAGCUGGCAGCCCGAAAGGCAAAUCCCCUUCGGCGACGUGCGGCUGCCCCCACCUGCAGACUACAGCAAGGAGAUUUUGGAAGGGGAUGAGGUGGAGGUGAGUGAAGGCUGCCAAGAGGCUUUCCGCGCCCUUCUGGGGGUGGGGGGUGGAGCAGUGGGGUGAGCAGGAAGCUGCUGGGCGUGGAGGGUGCCCCCUAACUUGAAUUUCCCUGUCCCCUUAGGUUUAUUCCCGAGCCAAUGAGCAUGAGCCUUGUGGCUGGUGGCUGGCCAGGGUUCGAAUGAUGAAAGGAGACGUAAGUAUUGAACAAAAUACACCCCCCUUGAAAUAUUCCCGGGCAUUCAGUGAGGGGGCAGUGCGGCCCGUCCCUCUCACCAUUAACACAUUUAAUGAACUGAGCCCCUUCCGCCUCCCCGGCACAUGGUAGGAGCUCUCCAUGCGCACAGCAAAUGCUCACAGCUGGGCUCCCAGAGCAUGUGGGCGCCAUGGGCCACAAUGUGGAAUAGUGACGGUGCUGCAAUGCAGAUGUUCUUAUGAUGCUUCUGUGACGUGCUGUUAUGAGGUUGUCAUAAUCAGCCUUAAGUUCACUCGAUGGGAACAGGUAGAGUAUAAUUUUUUCAAGUACAUAAAAAUAAUGAAAGCAAGUAAAUUUCCAGGGUCGUAAGCCAGCCUGAAUUUGCAGGUGUGAAAGUUUCCACUUCCCUCAAACAGCAGUGAUUAGUGAGUUAGUGUGAACAUAACUGGUUCUGUGUUUCCAAGAAAGACUGUUACAUCCAGAGAGGGGAGGGGAACCUGCAAUUGGGAGGGGGGGGACUGUGACCCUAACCCCAUGGAAGAGUUUUCCAGGUUUUUUUCUUCCAGUUCUUUCUUCUUGCAGUUAGAAUUCACUUUCCCCUUCCUGUUCGAGUUUACUUCGGCUUAACAACUCUAAAGGCGGAACAUAACUGCAGCUCUUUUGGGCUCUUCCUUUGCUGUGUCAGUGAAGGGGCUCUUUGUGGCUCCCUCUGAUCUCAUUCUCCUCUUGCAGUUCUACGUCAUAGAAUACGCCGCUUGCGAUGCCAUCUACAAUGAAAUUGUCACGUUGGAGCGGCUGCGGCCUGUCAACCCCAGCAAAGUGGCCACCAAGUGCAGCUUUUUCAAAGUCACCAUUGCGGUACCAGAGGAUCUCAAGGAGGCGUGAGUGUUAACAUAAACACAAUUCAAAUGGUUGGUGCUGACCUUUAAAGCCCUAAACGGCCCCAGCCCAGUAUACCCGAAGGAGCGUCUCCACCCCCAUUGCUCAGCCGAGACACUGAGGUCCAGCUCCAUGGGAGGGCCUUCUGCUCAUUCCCUCAGUGUGAGAAGCGAAGCUACAGGGAACCAGGCAGAGGGCCUUCUCUGUAGUGGCAUCCUCCCAGUGGAACGCCCUCCCACCAGAUGUCAAGGAGAUAAAGAACUGCACAACUUUUAAAAGACAUCUGAAGGCAGCCCUGUAUCAGGAAGUUUUUAAUGUUUGAUGCUUUAUUAUGUUAUAUAUUCUGUAAUCCGCCAGAGUGGCUGGGGAUACCCAGCCAUAUGGGUGGGGUAUUAAUAAUAGUAAUAGUAAUAACAACAACUGUGUGUGGGAGAGGGGGAGCUUGUCUGCCAAAUCCACAUUCUUUCCGAUUCAAAUCUCCAUCAGCCCACAUCUGCCUGGGACUGAUUUUGCUUGCACUGUGCAGACAUUUGCUCCAUCUGAAGGGAAAGAAGCCUAAGAGCUUCUUAACAGAAGGGAAGUCGGUUUCAGGAGGUGCGUUAUUGAAUGAGUCAACUUUUCUGAAUAAGCAAUAUGUAAGGCGCUGUGGGUUAAACCACAGAGCCAAGGACUUGCCGAUCAGAAGGUUGGUGGUUCGAAUCCCCGCGACGGGGUGAUCUCCCGUUGGCUCAGUCCCUGCUCCUGCCAACCUAGCAGUUCAAAAGCACGUCAAAGUGCAAGUAGAUCAAUAGGUACCGCUCCAGCGGGAAGGGAAACGGUGUUUCCGUGCGCUGCUCUGGUUUGCCAGAAGCGGCUUAGUCCUGCUGGCCACAUGACCCGGAAGCUGUACGCCAGCUCCCUCGGCCAGUAAAGCGAGAUGAGCGCCGCAACCCCAGAGUCAGCCACGACUGGACCUAAUGGUCAGGGGUCCCCUUUAUAUUUACCUUUAAGGCCUUCUUAAACCAAAUGUGAAGGGCAUUUCUCCAUCCUUGGGCAGUAGUCAUUCUUGUCUCAGCCCACAAAUAUAUAGUAAGAGUUUUACAAACUAGCUCUGCACCGUCCUCCUCGAACGUUGGUAGUAAACGUAGCCUGGCAUCGAGACUCCCUGGGCUGCCUUCAAUCUCAGAGAUCUCUUGUAAAUCCUGUCUCUAAAGCUCCGUACAGAUUCACAGGUCCACCGCAUGUGGAAGCCUGAACUUUCAGCAUCUCAGGUUGGCGUCCACACUUUUCCGAAGGUUCUUACCGUUCCUCUGUUUCCUCUUCGCAGCUGCUCAAACGAAAACGUGCACAAGGAGUUCAAGAAAGCCGUGAGCGCGAACUGCAUCUUCCUCAGUUCCACUAGCAGUGAGCUCGUCAUCCUCGUAAGGCUCUUCCUCCUCUGUUCCCGGGGUGGCGUCUGCCUGCUUAGCUGAACCAAGUGGGGAGGAAAAUGCCUGUGACUCGUUCUCAGAGCCGGACCCUGUGUGGCUCUUCACUCCCCUCUAGUGGCAGGAACUGCAGAUGACCACUAAAUGCGCAAUUGCAACUUCUACAUCUGCUUGGCGCAGCUCUUGCAUAUUUCUCGUCCAGACCUGUGAUGGAUUUCUCGUUUUGCACUUGGGACAUGAUAAAGGGCGUCUUCUCAGGAUGGAGUGGGGUGGGGGAGUUCUCUCGCUUCAGAGGAAAUGAUCCUCUCCAGGACCUGUGGUUUCCGUGUUAACUUUCCUUUAAUUUUAACUGGGUGGAUGAUAAUAAUAAUAAUAAUAAUAAUAAUAAUAAUAAUAAUUUUUAUUUAUACCCCGCCCUCCCCAGCCAAGGCUGGGCUCAGAGCGGCUAACAAGCAAUAAUAAAAACAAGCGGAAUGAAUCCAACUUAAAAACAACAUUAAAAUAUUGAAACAUUAAAAUAUUAAAAUGUAGCUUCAUCGCAGGAGGAGAAAGGAAAAGAAAGAAGAAAGAGGAAGAGGGAAUCAAAUUGACUCCAAGCCAAAGGCCAGGCGGAACAACUCUGUCUUACAGGCCUUGCGGAAAGAAAUCAGAUCCUGCAGGGCCCUGGUCUCAUGAGGCAGAGCGUUCCACCAGGCCGGAGCCAGUGUUGAAAAGGAUAACUGACAGCUUGAAUUCUUGUUAGACUAAACACCUUAAAACCUGGUGGGGCAGUUCUGUGUCGUAGGCUCACCUGUGUUCUUGGUUUGCCAGCACGUGGCGGCCUAACUAACUUUUGCUCUCUCUCUCUCCCUGCAGUCCACAAACGAGUCCACCGUCAAGAGGGCGUCUCUGCUGGGCGACAUGCACUUGCGCAGCAUCCGGACUAAGCUGAUGCUCAUGUCCCGGAAUGAGGAGGCCAACAAACACUUGGAGGUGAGAGAGAGAGGACCCUCCGAGUGCCACAGCGCCCCCUGAGUGCAGGAGUGGGGAACGUCUCUGGCUCAGGACUAGCUGACAGUAGCUGCCAUCCUGGGCCCGAAGGACAGGAGUGCCAAGCGGGGAGGCAGAAGGGUACCUUUCUAAAAUGCGAAGCAGUGCUGGAGAAUGCAGCGUUUCAGUUUGGGAGAACUCCCUGCCAGAUAUAGAUGCCAGAAGAUGGCCAGAGGCCCAACUGGUCCAGCACUCUAUUCUCCCAGUGGUCAGCCAGGUACCUCUUAUGGGAAACCUGCAAGCAGGACCCCCGCCAAAAGAGCCGCUCUCCCCUCCUGCAGUUUCCAGCAGCUGGUAUUUGGAAAGCACACUUCUGCCUCCAGCUGUGGGUGCAGCGUUCUGUGAAAGUCACAAGCUUGACAUAAUAUAAUAAUAAUAAUAAUAAUAAUAAUAUAUUAUUUAUACCCCGCCCAUCUGGCUGAGUUUCCCCAGGCACUUUGGGCGGCUCUCAAUUGAGUGUUAAAAACAAUACAGCAUUAAAUAUUAUAAACUUCCCUAAACAGGGCUGCCUUCAGAUGUCUUUUAAAUAGAAGAUAGCUGCUUAUUUCCUUCACAUCUGAAGGGAGGGCGUUCCACAGGGCGGGCACCACCACCGAGAAGGCCCUCUGCCUGGUUCCCUGUAGCUUUGCUUCUCGCAGGGAGGAAACUGCCAGAAGGCCUUUGGAGCUGGACCUCAGUGUCCGGCUGAAAGAUGGGGGUGGAGACGCUCCUUCGGGUAUACAGGACCAAGGCCGUUUAGGGCUUUCAAGGUCAGCACCAACACUUUGAAUUGUGCUCGGAAACAUCCUGGGAGCCAAUGUAGGUCUUUCAGGACCGGUGUUAUGUGGUCUCGGCGGCCGCUCCCAGUCACCAGUCUAGCUGCCGCAUUCUGGAUUAAUUGGCAGUUUCCGGGUCACCUUCCAAGGCAGCCCCAUGUAGAGUGCACUGCAGUAGUCCAAGCGGGAGAUAACUAGAGCAUGCACCACUCUGGCCAGUCUGCGGGCAGGGAGGGUCUCAUCCUGCGUACCAGGUGGAGCUGGUAGACAGCUGCCCUGGACACAGAUUUGACCUGCGCCUCCAUGGACAGUGGUGAGUCCAGAAUGACUCCCAGGCUGCGCACCUGGUCCUUCAGUGGCACAGUUGCCCCAUUCAGGACCCACGUGCCAACCUUAGUUGAUCCAGUCUUAUAAGACCUGCUCUGUCCCCAAGUGUGGCUGCCUGGCCUGAAUGCCGGGCCUUUUGUGGGGGGUGAGGGCCCAGGCUUGAAGAGAGAGGUGGGGCUCACGCGACUUCUGAGACCUGUUUCCCAUCAUGCCUCUGCCUCUCCCCGCAGACGAGUAAGCAGCUGGCGUCGGCAUUCCAGGAGGAGUUCACGGUGCGGGAGGACCUGAUGGGGCUGGCCAUCGGAACGCACGGGGCCAACAUCCAGCAGGCCCGGAAAGUGCAGGGCGUCACUGCCAUUGAGCUGGACGAGGAGACCUGCACCUUCCGCAUCUACGGGGAGGUAGGGGCCGGGGGCUGCUUCCAGACUUCCGGGAGAAGAGGGGGUGGGCCAGGCUGCUUUCCUUUUGCCUGGUGCUGGUGUGUAGAGAAAAGGAACAAAGACCCACCUGAUAAAUGAAUCCUGCGAGUGGGGCCGGAAACUCUGGUUGUGGGGCUUGGUAAGCAAGGCGGCUUUAACUGAGAAAGAACGAACUUUGGGGUCUUUUGGCCUGGAGGGAGAAAGGCCUGGCGUGUGGCUGUGCAGUGGGAGGAUCUGCAAACAGUUUGUCAGGCCUGAGCAGCCGUGGUGGCCUAAAACCUCGCAAGCCACCGGCGUAGUGUGUUGAGCUGCUUGGCAUGCUGUUCCCUUUUGCUCCUCCGCAGACCCCGGAAGCCUGCAAGCAGGCCAGGAGCUUCCUCGAAUUCUCUGAAGACUCUGUUCAAGUCCCUCGGAACCUAGUCGGUGAGUGAGACAGUUUUCUAGCUCCAGGACGAAACCUGAUGGAGCAUCCCAUUCUUUCUCUCCCUUCACAAAAACCUACCGUAUUUUUCGCCCUAUAGGACGCACUUUUCCCCCUCCAAAAAUGAAGGGGAAAUGUGUGUGCGUCCUAUGGGGCGAAUGCAGGCUUUCACUGAAGCCUGGAGAGCGAGGGGGGUCGAUGCGCACCGACCCCUCUCGCUCUCCAGGCUUCAGGAAGCUAUCCGCUAGCCGUGGGAGACGCAGCUCUGCCACGGCUAGCGGAGAGCUUGCCUGCACCCAGAAGCUUGGGGCGCGCUGAGCUCAGCAUGCCCCAAGCUUCGGGCUUCACGCAGCGCUCCGCUAGCCGUGGGAGAGCCGGACGACUUCGCGCAGCUCUCCCAUGGCUUGUGGAUAGCAGCCUGUUCUGGAGGCUGGGGUCGGGGGAAGUUCGGGCUUCCCCCACCCCAGCCCCGCACCUGGGGGGGGGAAAAAUUUUUUUUUUCUUUAUUUCCCCCCCCAAAAAAACUAGGUGCGUCCUAUGGGGCGAAAAAUACGGUAUGUUUGUGAAACCAGAUUGGGAAGCCAGUGCUACCUUGGAGUUUGCUUGGGAGUUGAGUUGCAGCAAUUCUGCUUGAGAAAACCCAGGAUUUAGUUGCACAAGACAGGCAGGGGAAGGUUCAGUCCAAGGCACCCGGUUGGCAGAGCUGUUUCUCAAGCAAAGAUUUGUUGCAUAGAUUUUCCUCAAGCAACAGAAGGGCGUCAAUGAUUUUCCUUCCCUGUCAUUGGCAACGAGUGCAAAUGCACAAGGGUGUGUGUGUGCAAAAAAAGGGGUUCUUUUUUGUAUGGAGGUGUUGUUUACUAGUGGGUUUCCUCAUCCAUUGACCUGUCCCCCUCCAAGGCACUAUGGUGCCAAUUUGCAAGUGACUUGGCGCUGGGGACAUAGAGUUAAGGCGGCAGAGCAACGUGCCGACAGCCUGUGUGUGCUUGAUUUACGCACGCCCUCCAACUCCCUGUCUUCAUUUGCCUCCUGCAGGGAAAGUGAUAGGCAAGAACGGCAAAGUCAUCCAGGAGAUUGUGGACAAAUCCGGCGUGGUCCGAGUUCGGGUGGAAGGUGACAACGACAAGAAGAACCCCAGGGAGGAGGUAAAUUGGGCUGCCGAGCGGAGAAGCCACCGCAGCAGCUUCUUCCUGUGUGGGUCCCCUGCCCCGGUUCCCAAGCCCCAGGUUUCCGUCUCUUCUCAAAGCCACAGUGUCCCACGUUUGCCCACGUGCCACGCCCCAUCAAAUCAUCCCAUCUGCGUUUGUCUGCUUUCAGUCCUUGCUGGCUGGUCCAGUUUGUCCCCUGGCUAAAGCUGUCCAAGACACAGACAUUGGACAAGAACCAAAUGUAUGUCUCUGACUCUUUCUUGCUUUCUUGGAUCCCGAUAAUCUUUCCCUCUCGAAAACUCACACAGGCCUGCCCUCUGUCCCGCUCUGGUCGAAACUCUGCUUUCUCAGAGCACAAAAGGUCAUCCCUUUGGUUUAACUGGGAUGCCUCUGCGGGGAACGUUGACUAAUUGGCUUUAAAGCUGGCAGCCCUGGUAACCUCUCCGUCUUCUGCCUGGGGAAAAGGUGCCCUGCUCUUUGCCAACCUCCCUGUCUCCUUUCCCCAGGGGAUGGUCCCUUUCAUCUUUGUGGGAACGCGGGAGAACAUCAGCAACGCGCAGGCGCUGCUGGAGUACCAUCUCUCCUACCUUCAGGUAAGGCCGCUGGUGUGGUUCUCCUGGGCUGUGGCGAGGGAGGAUGGGGCCACGGGGCAAGCCUGCUUCCAUCGCCCUGGGGCCAGAGCCAUCUUCGCCAGACCCCUCCAUUUCGGGACACAGGUGCAGAAUGUCGGAACUGCCACCCGGUUCUGUGGACCUCUGCCUUCCCCCCCCCCCAGGUGCUCACAUGUUGAUGUUUAAAGAUCAGCAUCAUGGGAAGGCAGCUUUCUAGCUACCCCUCCUCCUUCCCCUUGGAAUCUGCUGCAGAUCUCUGAGCAAGAUCACAGGACAGGUCUUUCCAGGACCAAGGGGAAACUGGCAAUCUCCUUUUUUUAUUUUUGCUGUUGGGUGCUGGAUAUUGCUUACAGCACUGAAUUUUUGGGGUUGGUUUUUUUUGGGUAUGUUACUGUACUUACUGGGGACGUGGGUGGCGCUGUGGGUUAAACCACAGAGCCUAGGACUUGCUGAUCAGAAGGUGGGCGGUUCGAAUCCCCACAAUGGGGUGAGCUCCUGUUGCUCGGUCCCUGCUCCUGCCAACCUAGCAGUUCGAAAGCACGUCAAAGUGAAAGUAGAUGAAUAGGAAGGUAAAAGGCGUUUCCGUGCGCUGCUCUGGUUCGCCAGAAGCGGCUUAGUCCUGCUGGCCACAUGACCCGGAAGCUGUACGCCGGCUCCCUUGGCCAGUAAAGCGAGAUGAGCACCGCAACCCCAGAAUCGGCCACGACUGGACCUAACGGUCAGGGGUCCCUUUACCUUUACUAUACUUACUAUGGUUAUAAAAUUUCAUUUUGCACUGUUUGGUUUUGAAUUGCAAAUCCUGUUUUCUUUGAGUGUGCAGUUUUUUUUGGGGGGUAUAGAAAGCGGCAUACAAAUAAAAUGAGUGAAGUCCAGAAGAUGUAGCUGGGGUGCCCCCCGAAUGCUUUUGCACAGUUCUUUUGGGGGGCCUUUCCUGGCCUUGGAAGAGUCUUGACCGUUUGUGUCCUUCCUGCCCGACUUUCCCCCAGCUUUUUUCCAAAUGCUGCUGAGAGACGGCCGGCGUAAAUUCUGCGGCACUCUUGAAGCACACAGACGCUCUUCCCUCCUUCUCUGUGAGGCCCUUGGCUCCUCCCCGACUGGGGGUGGUGGCCUGGGGCCUUGUUCUCAACCCCUUUCCCCUUCCCCCUGCUAGGAGGUGGAGCAGCUGCGCCUGGAGCGGCUGCAGAUCGAUGAGCAGCUGCGCCAGAUCGGCCUGGGCUUCCGCCCCCUCUCCAACCGGUCGGAUAAGGAGCGGGGCGGCUACACCACGGACGAGAGCACCUCCUCCUCCCUGCACGGCACGCGGACCUACGGGGGCAGCUACGGUGGGCGCGGCGGCCGUGGGCGCAGGGGACCCAACUCUGGUUAUGGUAAGUUGGAUGAGGCCGGCUGUAUUCCUGGUGGCAAAGGACUGCGCCCAGAAUAUCUGAGGAUUGCACACAUGGAAGAGCUCUUUGUAUCACAUUGAUAACAUCCCACCAAAUCAGCCGUUUAACAUCAAAUUAGUUGUUUAGCAUCCCUCCAAAUCAGCCAUUUAACAUCCCACCAAAUCAGCCGUUUAACAUAAAUCAGUUGUUUAGCCUCCCUCCAAAUCAGCCGUUUAGCAUCAAAUUAGUUGUUUACCAUCCCUCCAAAUCAACUGUUUAACAUCAAAUUAGUUGUUUAGCAUUCCACCAAAUCAGCCAUUUAGCAUUCCACCAAAUCAGCCGUUUAACAUCAAAUCAGUUGUUUACCAUUCCUCCAAAUCAGCAGUUUGACAUCAAUCAGUUGUAUAGCAUCCUUCCAAAUCAGCUAUUGACCCGGAAGCUGUACGCCGUCUCCCUUGGCCAGUAAAGCGAGAUGAGUGCCGCAACCCCAGAGUCGUCUGCGACUGGACUUAACUGUCAGGGGUCCUUUACUUUUAAAAACUCAUUUGCCUAUGUUGAAGAUUAGGAGCAUUUAUCCUGCUUGCUGUAGCAAAUUUGCUGCUUGUUGAUCUCCAUUUUACUGUAUUUAGUAUAUUUUGACAUUUAAUACUUUUAGAGUCUUGUAGAGCAGUUAGAGCAGCCUUUCUCUACCUGUGGGCUCCCAGAUGUUGUUGGACUACAACUCCCAUCAUCCCUGAGCUCUGGCCUUGCUAUCUAGGGGUGAUGGGAGUUGUAGUUCAACAACAUCUGGGGACCCACAGGUUGAGAAAGGCUGAGUUAGAGGUUUUGCUAAAUGUAACAGUGAGUGCAACCUCCUGCCUGGAGGCAAGCAGUCUCCCUGCCACCAGUCUUUCCCCCUGCUGCGCAGGUUCACCUGCAGCAUCCAGACUCUAAUAGGGGUGGGGUGUCUGCUGAGAUCAGCUCGCUGGAGCCCCUGCUCUAAACCCAGCCACUUAAGUUCCCACUUGGGCCCCCUCUUUCCUCGCCUCGUCUCCCUAGCUACCAACUCGGACGUGUCCAACGCUUCGGAAACGGAGUCUGAAAAGAGAGAGGACUACGAGUGCCCGCCGCUCAGCGACCGUGACCCCCGCCCGGAGGACAACCGCAGACGGCCAGGGGUGGGGCGGGGGCGGGGCCCCGCUCCGGCGCCUCGCGGAAGUAGCAGCAGUGGAGGAGGCGGCGGCAAGUACAACAGCUCCUCCAUCAGUUCAGGUACGAAAGAAGCAGAAGCCUUUUUGGGUUCCCCGCAGGCAGAAAGCGGGGGGGCGCUCCAUCACUCGCGUGUCCCAAACCCUGAGCAGGAUGUUCCUGGGCUGCGUGGCCAGCUGGAUUCAAGCGUUGCUGUGACUUGGUGGGGGGACAGCCUAAAGACACCUCCCCUCCCAUCAGUGGCUGUUGAGCUCUGGAUUUCCUAGGACAAAGGCCUAGGACAGGGUGGUCUGACGUGUGGUAGCCUUCGAGGCCUUUUUUUGGGAACAUCUGACACCCUAACACUGCCCCCUCCAAAGCCAGGUGAGCAAGGCUUUGGGAAGGCAGUGUGAGGACCCUCUGACAGUGUCCUAGAGUCCUCCAGCCUCCUACCCAAAGCCUAUUUCGCAUUUUACCAGCUUUGGGAAGGAGCUGGGAGGCCUCUAGGACCAUAGCUGUCAACUUGCAGAUUUGAAAAUAAGGGACCAGCAGCCUUGAAAAUAAGGGACCAGUAGCCAAAAUAAGGGAUUUUAGUCAACCAGUUAAAAGGGACCAGAGAAUUUUGGAGAGCAGCGCUGGUUUUUAGCCUUUCGUUUCCAGAGGUUGCUGCUCAAGACACCAGCCGAUGAAACACUGCAAUUAAAUAACUACAAGCAGCAACCACUUUUUGCGCAAAACGAAGUCCAAGCUACGAAGAUGCUGCUGCAGUUCUGUAUCUUUUCUCUCGUGCUCCAUCUGCAGCUCUCAAUUCCAUCAGGUGGGGCGGGAGGAAGGGGGGGAAAAUAGCGCCCAAAGUAAACCCGCAGAUCAGACCAUCUAUGCUAGUCUACCACUACAAAUCUAUGGGAGAAGCGUUUGCGGUCCUUCCCUUGUAGCCCUUGGAAACCUGCCCACGCCUCCGCCUCCUCUUUCUUUUCCUCCUCUUCCUCCUCUCUCUGAACUGCUUUCUCUAUGGUUGCCCUCGUUCUCCUCUCAAGGCUCCUCAUCAAUUCAUAGACCAUGCCAGGCUGCCCAUCUCAUUCGGGUCCUUCAGCGGCACAGCCGCAGUACGGCCUAGCGGGAGCGGCGGUGAUGGGCAGAGGGGAGGCCCCAGGCAGAGAAGCUCCGUUCGGCGGCUGCGAGGAGGAUAGCGGCGGAAGGGCCUGAGGCUCCCGGCGGGGAGGGGUUCCCGGGGGCCGAGGCUUGUGAGAGGAGGCCGGAGGGGGGCGGACCGGGCAGCCAAGCAACACAGUUGGCCGGCCGGCAGGGAGGGAGGGAGAGGAGCUGCUUCCUUUGAAACUCGGGAAAUUUAAGGAACAUCGAUCAACAAGGGACAGCAGCGGGACAUGGUGCUGGGAUAAGGGACUGUCCCUCCAAAUAAGGAGUUGAUGGGCGGCCUCUUCCCUCUGCAGUAUUGAAAGACCCCGACAGCAACCCUUACAGCCUGCUGGACAACACCGAAACUGACCAGACCGCGGACACGGACGCCAGCGAGUCGCAGCCUGUCAGCAACCGCCGGCGUCGGUCCCGCCGGCGCCGCACUGACGAAGACGCCACCAUGAUGGACGGAGGCCUGGAGUCGGACAACAUGUCUGUCAACGAGAAUGGCCUGGGUGAGUGGAGGGUGAGGCAGGCCCAUUCCCAGCCGUAGGUUGUGGGGAUCAGGAAGAGGUGGGAGAUGGGGCUGCUGGGCUCUUUUUCUUGGUGGAGGCGGUCGGUCUAACAGAGUUCUGGUCACCCCUACCUGCCUUCCCCGCCAGCUUUUAAAUACCUGCUGAAAACCUUCCUAUUCCUGUUUUGAAGUAUGGCUGCAAUAUUUUUUUAUCUUGUUUUGUAAACCGCUUAUAAGGUGGUUGUUGUUUUUUACAACCAAGAGGCGUACAAAUUUUAUGAGAUAAAUGGCUAUAAACACAUUUUCACAACACAGCAAUAUAGAAAUAUCUUUGUAAAUAAAUAAAUCUGCUCAAGGUGCCUACGUUGCUUUUAAAGUUGCACCUGUGGUGGCUGGAACUGAGGAUCUGAUUCUGCUCACGUUUGGCCAGUUGAGUGCCGUUGUCAAUGAGACGAAAGAGCCAUAAAUCCUUAACGCACCUCUUUAGCCUGGCCUUUGACACUUGAGGGGUGUAUUUUUAAGACCCACCUUGUUUUUGUGAUCAUAAGUUUUUGUAAACUGUUUUUAAUAUUGUCUGUGUUUCGAUGCUCUAACGCACCCAGGGACCUUAGGGCAAAGGGAGUUAUUUUUAUUAUUAACAAAAUAAUAAUAUUUCAUUACUAUUAAUGUAAUCAGAUGGGAUAUGAGCUGACUGUGACUACCCAGGAAAGAGAAUACCGUGGAACCUCGGCUUAAGAACUUAAUUCGUUCUGGAGGUCCGUUCUUAACCUGAAACGGUUCUUAACCUAAGGUACCACUUUAGCCAAUGGGGUCUCCCGCUUCCGCCACGCUGUUUCUGUUCUCAUCCUGAAGCAAAGUUCUUAACCCAAGGUACCAUUUCCGGGUUAGUGGAGUCUGUAACCCGAGGUACCGCUGUACAGUGGAACCUUGGUUGUCAAACGUAAUCUGUUCCGGAAGACCGUUCAGCUUCCGAAACAAUAAACAACCAAGGCCCAAAAUCCAUUGAAAAAAUGGAGGAACUUACCUUGGAAGCCAUUCGACUUCCAAGGCGCGUUUGAAAAUGCAAGCAUUUACUUCCAGGUUGUCUGCAUUUGAAAGCCAAAGCGUUCGAUGACCGAGGUUCCACUGUACAGUGGUACCUCGGGUUACAGACGCUUCCGGUUACAGACGCUUCAGGUUACAGACGCCGCUAACCCAGAAAUAGUACCUCGGGUUAAGAACUUUGCUUCAGGAUGAGAACAGAAACCGCGUGGUGGCAGCGGGAGGCCCCAUUAGCUAAAGUGGUGCUUCAGGUUAAGAACGGACCUCCGGAACGAAUUAAGUUCUUAACCCGAGGUACCACUGUAAUAGCAUAGCAGAACUGUGGAGAUGGAAGGGGCUCCCAUCUAGUCCAACCCCUGCAGUUCAGGAAUGACAGACCUUGGGGUUGUGAUAGGGAGUGCAGCUCAGUGUGAGCCCGUUGGCAGGCUGUGUGGGGAGGGGUUUGGCGGGCGGCCAUGGAGGAGUCCCUUAGGUGGACAGGCAGCCUUCCUAUCCCUCCUGAGUCCGCCCUGCCUCUUUUCUCCGCCAGAGGAAGAGUCUAAACCGCAGAGACGGAACCGGAGCAGGCGCCGACGCAACCGCGGCAACCGUGUGGACGGCUCCAUCAGCCGGGACCGCCAGCAAGGUAUCGCCGUUCAGCCUUCCUCUCUUCCUUUGGGGAAGCUUCUGCGUAGUCACCUGCUUGGGCUUUUCCGUGCGUGACCUUGUGUCUUUUUCACCCCCUUCCCCAUCGCCAACAGUCACCGUAGCCGAUUACAUUUCCCGAGCAGAGUCUCAGAGCCGUCAGCACCCACCGCGCAAAGAGAGCCGAGAGAAGUCGUCGGAGGACAACGCACCCAAGCAGAAGGUGAGCCAAGGCCAUGUUUGGGCAGGGCUUUGUGCCUCGUGCCCCAGAAGGCUGUUUUUGUGUGUGUGUGUGUGUGUGUGUGUGUGUGUGCCGCUAUUUGGGGCACCUGGAACAAAAACAUGGCAGCUUCUGAGAAAAGCAGCAAGAGGGGUUUGGGGGUUUUUUUGUAAUAUUUGGGGUGUGGGGAGCCAGAGAAACCAAUUCAGGCGUGUUGCCACAGCUGCCCUCAGGCUGGUCAGGCUGCUGUGAUCCUGCUCCUCAGUCCAGACUGGGAAGCCUGUGAUGGUGAAACUGGAUUUUGCAUAUUGAUGCCACGCCAUCUUGACGCCUCUGUGAAGUUCUGAUCAGGUGCAAUAAUGUCCUUUUUAUACAGAGUGCGGAAGAAGAUGGUUGAGAAGUGAGAGAACAGCCAUUUUGGGGGAAGUUUAUUUUAAACGUGUUAAAAAAAAUAGUCAUUUUGCUUUUUUAUUUUAUUUUUAAGUAAGGUUUCAGCAGCUGUUCAAGUAACAUUUUUUCCGUCCAAGAAAUGAACACCGUAGCUGAAGAAAAAUUGUCACCAUGAAAGAAAUAUAAAGAUACUACAGUGGUGCCUCAGGUUAAGAACUUAAUUUGUUCCGGAGGUCCGUUCUUAACCUGAAACUGUUCUUAACCUGAAGCACCACUUUAGCUAAUGGGGCCUCCCACUGCUGCCGGAGCACAAUUUCUGUUCUCAUCCUGAAGCAAAGUUAAUAAUAUUAAUACUAAUACUACUAAUAAUAAUAAUUUAUUAUUUAUACCCCGCCCAUCUGGCUGAGUCUCCCCAGCCACUCUGGGCGGCUCCUAAUCAAGUGUUAAAAACAGUACAGCGUUAAAUAUUAAAAACUUCCAUGAACAGGGCCGCCUUCAGAUGUCUUCUAAAGAUAGGAUAGCUGCUUAUUUCCUUCACAUCUGAAGGGAGGGUGUUCCACAGGGUGGGCGCCACCACCGAGAAGGCCCUCUGUCUGGUUCCCUGUAACCUCACUUCUCGCAAUGAGGGAACCGCCAGAAGGCCCUCGCCGCUGGAGCUCAGUGUCCAGGCUGAACGAUGAGGUGAAGACGCUCCUUCAGGUAUACAGGACCGAGGCCAUUUAGGGCUUUAAAGGUCAAGACCAACACUUUGAAUUGUGCUCGGAAACGUCCUGGGAGCCAAUGCAGAUCUCUCAGAACCAGUGUUAUGUGGUCCCGGCGGCCACUCCCAAUCACCAGUCUAACUGCCGCAUUCUGGAUUAAUUGCAGUUUCUGGUUCACCUUCAAAGGUAGCCCCACGUAGAGUGCAUGGCAGUAGUCCAAGCGGGAGAUAACUAGAGCAUGCACCACUCUGGUAGGGUCUUCGCCUGCGUACCAGGUGGAGCUGAUAAACAGCUGCCCUGGGUUAGCGGAGUCUGUAACCUGAAGUGAAUGUAACCUGAAGCGUCUGUAACCCAAGGUACCACUGUAUUUCUUGCUGGAAAUGAUAAACCGAUUUAGGCCGGCUGCAGCCAUGCCUCUCUCAAGUUUGCUGGGCCUGCCAAGGGGGUCACUGGUUUGCUUUUUGUGGCUUCUCUUCCAGGUUGAGACCACCAGCAAGGUUGUCAACGGCCCUACGGAGAACGGCGAGCAUGCUGCCGCCAGCGAGGAGGUGGCUGCCCUGGUGAACGGCGUGUCCUAAGCUCGCUUGCGUGCGGGGCCCCUGCCCCAAGUCGCAGCCGGCCGAACCCUCCUCUGAAACGAAAACGAUCCCUACUUUCCACCUGCUUGCAACAUCUUAAAGAGAAAACGAAAUAAACACCACACCAGUCUCUUGUUUAAGAACAAAACCAUUAUUUUAAAAAAAAAAAACGAAACGAAACAAAUCGACCCGAAUCCCAAGGUAAUGAUGAUCUAGCGCUCGUUAAAAGCUUGCCAAAGAUGGGAUACUCUUCUUUACCACAGCUCUUAACGCAUCCUGGUUAAGCUUUCAGCAGUGGCAGCCAGACAGGGCAGUGAAAAAUUCAAAACAAAACCCCUCUCUUUUCUUUUCUGCCCUCUUGUUAUGUCAAAGGGGGGGGGGAAUCUCUGACGCUACCUGAGCUCGUAACCCCCCUCCCUUUUCUUAGAGGCGCACACAGUGUAGGGGGAAAAACUACUAUGACUUAACAUGCAUCUGUUUUUGGUGACUUAUAAGAGUUUUUUUCUGUUUAGAAACAAAAAUGUGAAGAGAGAAAAUAAAAAAAUAACUGGCUUUUCAAAACUGGAGAAAGGAGAGGGGGGGAGAGAAACCUGUGCCUUCUGAUGACGAUGCAGACACACACACAGACACACACAACACACACCGCAAGAGCACAAGAGUGCUCUUGUGUCCGUUUUUUGGUUCCCUUUCCUCUUUGACUAGUGAAAAAUCAAAGGCGAGGUCACGUCCGGGAGAGCGAAGCAGGGAGGCUGGCCCGCCCAGGGCACAGAGAGGGUGUCCUGAGGUUGUUUUGGGCUGUGCGCCCCUUUCCCCACCCCAAAGGGGGGGUUCUGGCCACGGAGAGGUAGGACCCUCUUCCGCAAACCAGGAGACGGGCGAGGCGGUGCUCUGCUAGGGAGAAACGGGAGACGCGAGGCACCUGCUUUGUAGGCCCACCCCAGACCAGUAAUCCUUUUCUUAAUUUCCCCCCCUUUGAUUCUAAAAACACUGUGGAAGACAACAGCAAAAAGAGAGGAAAACGCCAGGCUUUUAGGGCGCAAGCGGACGUGGCGACGUCGCUCCUGGCGCGGCUUGCCUUGAGUUUGUGUGUUUGUGUGUGGGGGAAAAGGGGGGAUUUGAUCUGUGACGGUUGAGACUAUUUAUUUUUCACUGUACAGUAUUUAAAAAGAGAAUAAAAAACCCAACUCUUGAAAAAAACUACAACGCCUAAAUACCAAGGUUGCUUUCUGUCCUGCCUGCCAUGUUCUCUCUGUCUCUCUUCUCUCUCUGCCCGGUGGGGGUGGCUUACGGAGAACGAAGCCCCCCUCGGCCGGUGACUCCUGCUGCUCAGGCCUUCAAUAAAAUGCGACGAGUCUUGCCAAAGUUGGUG